AUGUUCAAGACAAUAAUCGACCGAUUUGAGACUUUUUUCUCAAUUGAGAAAUGUACUGAUCAGCAGAAUUAUGUUUUACUUGUUUUGUCUACUGUCUUGGCUUACAUACUGAGUCUUAUUUUCUACCGUCUCUAUUUACACCCUCUGCACCGAUUUCCUGGCCCAAAGCUUGCUGCAAUCUCUACCCUCUAUGAAGUGUAUUUUGACUACGUCCAUGAUGGCCAAUUCGUUUUUCAGAUGGAAAAGAUGCAUCAGAAAUACGUUCGAAUCACCCCACGAGAGAUCCAUAUCUCCGAUCCCGAGUUCUACGAGCGCAUCUACGCCGGAGGCUCUAAAAUACGGGAUAAAGAUCCAGUCUCCGUCCGGUCAUUCAACAUGACCCAUUCACUAGUGGCGACUAUUGGCCACGAUUUGCACCAAAGCAGACACCGGGUGAUGGGAAGCUAUUUUUCUAGACAAUCAAUUAAAAAACGGGAGCCAACAAUAAAUUACUGUAUCCAAAAAUUAUUGGAGCGCUUCAAGCAGGCGCAGGAAACUGGUGAAUGCAUUACAUUGAAUCAUGCAUUCACGGCAAUGACCGGAGAUAUCAUCACAAAAUAUUCGUUUGGAAAAGAUUUUAGCUUCCUUGAAGCCAAUGACUACAAAUCUAAAUGGAAAAGCGCUGUGGCUGGCUCCCUGGAAACAGGGAAGUUUUUCCGUUAUUUCCCUCUUUUGGAUGUCUAUAGGUUUAUCCCAUCAACAUUGGCCCAGGCGCUCAAUCCUGGCAUGGGAGAAAUCUUUUACAUCGAGGAUCUGGUUCGAAACCAAGUUCGACCCUUACUUUCGAGUCCCAAGCAUGAGGCUAAGACAGAAGCUACGAUUUUCAGUGCGCUAUUGAAUCCAGCCGUUCCCGCUGAAGAGAAGACCUUGGAUAGGUUGACCGACCAAGGGCAUAUGCUUCUUGUUGCUGGCACCGAAACCACUGCCAACACACUGACUAUGAUUACAUUUCAGUUGCUGAAGAAUCCUGCUGUGCUAGCCUGUUUGCGUGAAGAACUCAAGGUCGCAAUGCCUACUCCCGCUAGCAUUCUCACAUGGAACAGCUUGGAGAAAUUGCCAUUUCUGAAUGGUGUGAUACAAGAAGGCCUCCGGCUUAGUUUAGGGGUAUCCAGUAGACUUCCCCGGGUUGCCCCAAAUGAUAACUUACAGUAUAAUGACUGGGUCAUUCCAGCUGGGACUCCAGUGAGCACAGCAACGUACUUCGUGCACAUGAACUCUUCGAUAUUUCCGAACCCCGAGAAAUUCGAUCCACAACGGUGGAUUACGGCUUCUGAGAAAGGCCUGCGCCUGGAAAAAUACAUAGUUGCUUUCACGAAAGGGAGCAGGCAAUGCUUAGGGAUGAGUCUGGCAUAUGCAGAGCUAUAUCUCACUGUUGCAGCCCUUUUCCGACAACUCGACAUGGAGCUUUACGACACAAGCGAUGAUGAUUGCAGCUUCAUACGAGAUUGCGUUAUCCCGGCUUCAAAAAGAGGUUCUAAGGGGGUCAGAGUGAUCAUCAAAGGGUCUAUAACACAGUAG